ACGCAAUGUGAAUCGGUAUGAAUCUUCCAUUAUUCUAAGUGCAGUAUCGGCGACAUGUUUUGUGUAUACUGAGUGAGGUUAUAUGUCGUGCGAAUUUUUAAAUUCUGCCGGGGGCAUGUUUUUUAUGGAGAUUACAGAUCAAAGAUGUAAUCAGAUCUAAGGAUCGUUGAUUAAAUUGUGAUAAUUACAUAGUCUCAUACAACGAAAAGAAUGAAACUGGUCAAACCGAAUUGGGUUACUCAUGAUGGGUACCCAAUAUUUUCCAUAGAUAUACAUCCGAAUGGGAAAAGAUUUGCCACUGGUGGUCAAGGUGGUGAUUCUGGAAGGGUUGUUAUUUGGAACAUGGAGCCAGUAGUUGAUGAGACUGCUGAGUUGGAUUCUAAUGUACCAAAAAUGCUUUGCCAAUUAGACAACCAUCUUGCGUGUGUAAAUUGUGUAAGAUGGAGCAAUAGUGGAUUAUUAGCAUCUGGUGGUGUAGACAAGCUCAUUAUGAUUUGGAGAUUAUCCGGAUCAGGAGGAAGUUCUAUUUUUGGUGGCAAAUCCAGUGUGGAAACCUGGAGAUGCAUUGCAACAUUGCGCUCACACGAAGCUGAUGUACUUGAUCUCGCAUGGGCUCCACAUAACCCAUGGUUGGCUUCUGCUUCCGUAGAUAACAGUGUUAUCGUAUGGGAUGCUUCAAAAUUUCCUGCUGUGGUUGCUGUUCUAAAGGGCCACACAGGUUUUGUGAAAGGGAUUACCUGGGAUCCUGUGGGAAAAUACUUAGCAUCUCAAUCUGAUGAUAAAACAUUAAGGGUAUGGCGCACUACAGAUUGGACAGAAGCAGCAUUAAUAUCUGAACCUUUUGACGAAUGCGGUGGGACCACUCAUGUCUUGAGACUCUCCUGGAGUCCAGAUGGUCAGUAUUUAGUAUCUGCUCAUGCCAUGAAUGGAGGAGGACCUACAGCGCAAAUAAUAGAAAGAGAUGGCUGGACGCAGGAUAAAGAUUUUGUUGGACAUAGAAAAGCAGUAACUUGUGUUAAAUUUAAUGGCAACAUUCUGCAAAAGAAGCAGCCAGGUUCUUCUAAGCCACAACAGUAUUGCUGUGUUGCUAUAGGAUCACGAGAUCGUUCGUUAUCUGUAUGGUUGACAUCAUUGAAAAGACCCUUAGUCGUAAUACAUGAAUUAUUUACACACUCUGUGCUGGAUGCUAGUUGGUCACCAUGUGGCCUUCGUCUUGCUGCCUGUUCCUGGGAUGGAACAGCUGUAUUUGUUGAAUUCACCCAACAGGAGUUAGGCCAACCUCUUGAUCCUGCUGAACAAAGUAGCCUCCAUGAACGAUUGUAUGGCAAACCAUUAGCAAAUCAAGGAGGUUGUAUGGUGAUGGAAGCACCAGAACUGCUCAAUUUAAAACCACCAGCACCAAAUCUAACUCCUCAGGUUCCAUCUGCUCCAAGUAUUCCACCGGUCAUUAAUACUGCGACCACUCCAGUUAAAGGACCUAUCAAUAAGCAAAUUGAAACAAGGACUUCAGAUGGUAAAAGAAGAAUUACACCUAUGUUUAUUCCACCGCCGGCAGAUACAACGGACACAAAUAUCAGCGGUAGUUUAGGCACACCAACUUUCACGAGUAAAGUUCAAACGAAAAGUUCGAUUGUGAUAGAGAAGCGCAACGACGUUGUCGCACCCAAUGUGUCGUCAUCCGUCAAGUCUGCCAUUAUCGAUACUCCGGGAUCCUCUCUGACAUUAAAGCGCAAGGAACAAACGACGCCGAAAGUACAGCAUUCUUUAUUACAUAAAAAGCCUAAGUUCGUGACCGACAGGAACGGAGGUCAAGUAUUACUGCCUCCGCUGAAACCGUCCAGUUCCUUGUCCCAGCAAGCGGGCCAUUACGCCGUGACGGUCACCAACAGCCAGGGCUUCGCCCAUUUACAAGUAUUCAGAGGCACGGACUCUGAGCCGACGUGGGAUCUUUAUUUAGGAUAUAGCGCUGUAGCGUUGGCAGCAUCGCCGGCUGUGAUAGCUUUGGGUCUGGAGGACGGAAGUCUUCACACGUUUCAUCCGGCGAAAGGAUGUCGGCCAGCACCACCAUUAGCGCCACCGGCACCGUUAGCAAAAUUACACGCUGUUGGAAAUGCGGUGAUGGUGAUAUCAAGCUGCGGAGCAGUUCGUGUAUGGGAAAUAGGCAAUACGUGCAGGAUGAUCGUUUCAACGUCAGCCGCUCACUUGGCAGCGCCUGGGACGUCUCUUUUAUCAUGUACUUUGUACAACGGGAUGCCUCAUAUAGCGUUUACGAAUGCACGAGCAUAUGUAUAUCAUAAAGACAUGGGAACGUGGCUAUUAAUUGGAGACAGCCAAGAUCCUAUAUGGCGAUGGUCAUCAUUUAAUGUGCUGAGCAGUUCUGGAAAUAGAACUCCUAGAGGACCUUUAUCAUCACUGCAGGAAGGAUUACUUAGAACUGCCGGGAAUACUUUGCCAAAUCCGCGGUUACCACAUAGCGCAGCAAGCGUGAUUUCCUACUUAGAGCAACAAUUGCUCGCGUCUAAAGCUCUUGGAAGCGCACAGGAAUACGUUCACUGGCUCAUGGCCUUAGUAUCAUUCUUGUUGACACAAGACGGUUUGGAGAAACGUUUGAGGCUAAUCUUAGACGAUCUUCUGGGCCCAAGUCACACGUCAGCUUCCAAAAGUUUGUGGGACCCCGUUAUUUUGGGAAUAAGGAAGCAUAAACUACUGGGCGAUGUAUUGGCCGUAGUCGGCGGCCAUCUUCGUUGGCAAAGAUUAUAUCUCGAGUAUUCGGAGCAAUUAACGACACUGAAGAAUCAAAUUAAUUAAUGACGAAUCAUGACAGUGUAAAUUUUUUACUUUAACAGUUCACGUAAACUCGUUUUUUGUUUCAGACAGUAUCUUGUAUAUUUUCACAGAUAUCACGAAAUAAUAUUGUACAGUUUUGAUAACAUUUGCAAUUUAAUAAUUCAUAUAAUUGUAUUAUAAAGAAUAAAUAAUUUUCAGAACAGUAGCUUUUAUCAUGAAAAAAUUAUGCGAUUUUGUAAUACAGAUUUGUUGCAAUAGAUGGCUUUAGGAAAGUGACGUGAACACGAGAAUAAUGAUCGUGUAUGCUCUACAGAUAAAUUUAUAAUAUAUUAUACUGAUAAAUAUA